AUGGAAAUAAGUGGUAAUAAAAGGAAGAGGGAAUUCGGAAUUGAUUGGUCAUUAAUCGAGAUUUCAAGGUUCUUACUUAGGAUUUCGUACAUAGGAACUAAUUAUUAUGGAAUUGCAUUCCAGAAAGACGAUCAGGUACCUACAAUAGAAGGGGAGAUUUACAAAGCCCUGCUUCAGUUAAAGCUCAUUAAAGAUAUUGAUUCAUGUAAUUUGGUUCGAUGUGGAAGGACAGAUAGGGGUGUUCAUUCUGUUGGGAAUUAUAUUUCGGUUGACUUGAGAAUUCGCGCAAAGAACUUGGAGCCCUAUAAUUAUAUGGAGAUGUUAAAUGGCGUACUACCAUGGGAUAUUAGAGUCCUCGGUUUUUGCAAAGUUAGACCAGACUUUAAUGCUCGUUUUGAUUGUGAAUAUAGACUUUAUAAAUAUUUUUUCCCCCUGAAUCAUGUGAGAACAAAGACAUCUAAGUUUCCAAUGAUUCCGCCGGAACAAGUUCCACUAAUGGAUAAAGCUGCAAAGCAGUUCCUAGGAACUCAUGAUUAUAGAAGAUUCUGUAAGAUGGACUUAAAAAAUCGAAAAAACCAAACUUAUAUUCGAACUAUUUACGAAUUUGAUAUUUCCUUAGUUGAUGAUAAUAAAACAUUCGCCGUUGCUACAAUUAAAGGAUCCGCUUUUCUUUGGCAUCAAGUCAGACUAAUGAUGGGUAUUCUUUUUGAGAUUGGACAACGGAGAUUUGAACCAGAAAUCAUUACUAAAAUGCUAACAGAUGCGGAACAGAAGAAUGGUGCAGAUUUUUCAUUCCAAAUGGCCACUGAGCUUGGCUUGGUAUUGUGGGAUUGUGUGUUUAAAGAAUAUAAUAUUCAAUGUAAUAGAAGCUCAAUGAAGACUUUUCUAGAUGAGUCCGAAUCAUUAAAACUCAAGGCAUCACUAUAUAGUUUUAUUGGAUCAUAA